AUGAGACCAACGCUUUUCGAUGUAGAAUAUGCCUUCAAGGCUAUCUCAGGCUCUGGACAUACUGCCAUUGCCGUUCGUGGCCGCGAUACUGCAGUCUGCAUCACCCAGAAGAAGGUCCCAGACAAGCUCAUCGACGCCAACACGGUUACACACAUGUUUGGUCUCACACCUACUAUCGGAUGUGUUAUUACUGGGUUGAUGGCAGACGCGAAGGCGCAAGUGACGCGCACUCAAUCAGAAGCUGCGGAAUUUAGAUACAAAUACGGCUACGAGAUUACUCCAGAUGCGCUCGCGCAGCGAAUGGCAAACAUCAAUCAGGUGUAUACCCAACGAGCCGCCAUGAGACCAUUGGGCAUUGGUCAGUUCUGUUUCUUCCGCAUUCUAGGUCCUGUUACUUAUGGAUUCGGAUCAGCCAUGCUUCUGAUCGGUAAUGAUUCCGAACGCGGGCCCCAAAUCUUCAAGUUAGACCCUGCAGGCUACUAUGUCGGAUUUCAUGCAACUGCAGCAGGUCAAAAACAACAAGAAGCCAUGAAUUACCUAGAGAAAAAGUGGAAGCGAUUAGAAGGCGGGAAUGGCGGAGAAGACGCUGCCGGCGCCGGUCAAGCUCUUACUCGGGACAAGGUGAUAGAGAUGGCCAUCGAGACCCUAUCGUCUGUCCAUUCGACCGACUAUAAGCCCGGAGAAGUCGAGAUUUCCAUCGUCUCCACCUCUGAAGACGAGCCAGAGAAGACAAGGGGCAAAUGGCGAGUGUUCGACGAAGCGGAGGUGGAGAAGCAUCUUCUUGCAUAUGGUGAAAAGGAUUAG